AUGAACUUGAAUAUCUUUAUAAUUUUACUCUUAUUAAAUUUGUAUUUUGGAAAAUGUAAUAGUAGUUGGAUUAUUAGCACUGAUUCAUCGUGUUGGCAUCAAUCCGGUGAUCUUGAACCAAAAGUUUUAGAUGCGCGCUGGACUGGAAAUAGUUCUAUUGUACUUACUCUUCAAGCGCCCAAGAAUGAUCCUAAAAGAUUUGGUAACAAAAUAGUUGCACCUGCAGCACUUGGCCACUUUACUUUGAAUUAUAAUAAUGGAAAUCAAUUUAGGUUUAGCAAGAAUGCAAAUUUUAUAAAUGGUUAUAAUGAAACAAAUACUGGUGAAAGCUAUGUAGGAGCUAAUCCAGUAAAUGUGGUGUCCGAAUAUUCUGAUAAUUAUAACAUUCCGCGUGGUGCAACAGUAACGGUUGCUGUUUCAAUUUAUUAUGGAUGCCAAAGCGGUUUUGACGGUGGUAAUAGAAAAACAGAAUACCGGCUACGGAUGAUGCUUGCUCAAAAUAGGGUAAUCUUUCCGCACUCGCCACCGCGCUACGGAUUCGAAAUAACUUCCAAUGCAAUAGAACUACUUUCUCGUUCAUUUUGUAAGUUAUUUGAUGGUGUAUUUGCUAGUAAUGUAAAAGUUUCGGAAGAAACAUCAAAAGUAGUGAAACUAGAUGAG